CUCCACUCCACUCCACCACACGACAACUCUUUCUCUUCUUCACGCGACAUGUCUUGCUCGGACCGCUGCUCAUGCUGGUCGUGAGAGUGUGGGGUGUUUGUUGUCUUGCCUAGGAAACGACACGACACGAUACGAUUAUACGACUUUAAAUAGGCUGCUGUACCACUUCACCCACCCACACGUCGCACACACACGCACAAAAUGCCUUCGUCGUCGCCGCCCCCGCAAACCCCCGCGUUCCGCCACUCCCUCGAUGAAUCAGACUCGGACGCCUCGCAGGCCACGCUGCAGCAACGCCGCUCGCCCAUGGCUAUGCGCCCCCCGACCGCCGACGCCGUGCACAACUACUCGCGCCCCGGCAUGAUCAAGGUCGGCACGAAUGAGAGCGGUAUGGGGCAUCGGCCGCGCCAGCGCUCGCAGGGGUACUUUGAACCUAGCUUGUCGUCGGCGCGCGAGGGACUGGCGACGGGUCUGGGCAUGGGAUCGACGACGGGUGUGGCCUUGGGGUCGGGCAUACAUCUUGCUGCUUCGGCGUCGCAUCUGACUGCCUCGCAAAUCGCCGCCCAGGCAGCCUACGCCCAGACGGCCCAGCACGCGAGACAGCGCUCUACGACCAUACCCGCGCCCGGCGAGCCUGCUGUGCCUGCGGGUCGGGGUCAGCCUUUGAGUCCGCCGCCCAUGUCUGGCGCGCAGAGCUUGACCUUCAGGACGAAUGGUAUGACGUAUCAGAAUGGGGUAAUGGGUGCGAACAGGAUGGCUGCCACGACCGCUGCGAAUGCGGCAUAUCCGCGCAGUCCGCUCAACUCGCCGGGCAUGGAUCAGGUGCAGACGCAGCCGCAGCCGUUGGCGUCGCCCAAACAGGCAUCGACGCCUGAGCCGCCCAAGGCGCCAAAGGAGAAGAGCAAGAUGAAGCUCUUCUCGUCCAAACCGAAGAACAUCAAAGUCGACAAGGAAAUGGACAAGAGACAGCAGCCGCUACCCUCCCCCGGGAAGAUCGGCAUUGGCAUCCACAGCUCGCAGGCCCUCAAUCGCAUGAUGAAUCAGUCGACGACGAGCCUGAUUGAUUCAGGUGUCAGCAGUAGCAACGCCUCGAUGUACUCCUCCGCGAAUGCUUCAACAUCGACGCUAGUCCCGCGCAACGACGCGUACCUUCUGCCAGAAAAGGAGAAGGAGAAGCACAAGCAUCACUUCCUGUCGCGCCAGAAACACAAGCUCAAGGACAAGGACGAUCACGUGCUGCCGCUGUCGUCGGCGAGCAGCACGUCUCGCCCCACAGACCCGAAUUCGCCGGCGCCGCUGUACUCGUUUGCUGCCCCGUCGUCGCCGGGCCCGUCGAGUUCGUUUGCUAGUUCCGUCACAGGCUUGGAUCUGAGACAUGGUGGGCGCAAUCUCAGACGCGCAAAGAAGGAGGAAAAAGCUGCUGCGUAUCUUGAUGCGCAUCUGGAGCCCCCGUACAAGGAGCGGAAUCAGUCGUUUAGUAUUGAGAGGGCAGAAUGGCCUAUUGUUUCGGGUAGUUUGGGGACAACGCCGAGUCUUGCCACGCCUGCCACUGUCUCGCAUACUACUGAGAUGCUCAGUCUGGGGAGCUCGUUUGGAAUCAAUGGCCUCUCGCCUGACGACGCAUGGCCGUUGUUGAAAGCGAGGGUGCUGCUCAUUUUUGAAGGCCACGAUCCACGCCCGCCUGUUGAAGACUUCAAUGCCCUUGUCAUUGUUCACAUCAAGCGCUGCAUGCACAAGCGCUCUCCCAUCAUCAUAAUCGAAGACCUCAACGAGCUGCUGCAAACGGGCUUUGGCUCGCUCGACCAGACGCUGCGCCACAUUCCCGAUGAGAGCCUGAUCCCCGAUCUAGUUGAAACAUGGCUUCUCGUCUUCUCGUCCAUCCUGCCCUUCAUGCAAGCCGUCUUCAUGCCGCUCGACCUCGAAUUCCGCGGCACAGGCAUAAUGUCCAGCGCCCAAGCCGCCGAGUUCUGGGGCGUCAUGCUCCCGGACGAAAUGAACACAAAAUCCCCCGAGAACAAAAACAUCCCCAUCCUCGGCGAACUAGAAGUGCGUCGCAUCACGCUGCUCAUGUUCCGCGACAUGGUCAUCCUGCCGCGCUACGACACGCUGAUGGCGAUCUUCUCGCGCCUGUCCCUCGAGAGCCUGAACGCGGGUUUGGAAUCGCCGGCUCCUAUGCCAGACCAUUCCCACCACCAUCACAACCACCGCCCAGGCACAGCGUCCAGCGCACACGACGCCUCAAACGCAAACAGCCACAGCUCCAGUUCCGCCAGCCACCUCGAAAACACACACAGCACCCCUUCCUCAACAUUCGCCUCGUCCCGCUCCCGCGCUACAUCAAACACCUCCGCCGGCUCUUUCUCCUCCAUCCACGCCCCGGCCAUAACCCCCACAACCUCAAACACAACCACAACAACAACAUCCACCAUAAACUUGCUGCACGCCCCCCCGCCACCCUCCUCCCUAAGACACCAACCUAUGGGCUCCGCGAAAGUCACAGAGACGGUGGGAAGGAUGCUGCAGUGUGUUUCUGUCCUGGUUAGUCUGCAGAGCGGCGAUGAGGCGCAGGAUAAGAUUGGGAGACUGAAUAAGGAGUUGAAGUAUAAUUGGUUGGGGAGGGGGAGGACGGGCAGGCAGAGGCAGGGGUUUGUGGGGAGGAGGAUGGGGGCGGCGGUUGGUGGGGGGGUGGGUGUUGUGGGCGCGUAA